AUGUCGGUUGUAACAGCGGCGGCCGCGACCAAUGGCGUCAGUGCGAGACGAGGACGAGGCGUAUCGAGAACCUCUCGCUUUAACGCAGUUGUCAGUCCACAUUCGUGUCUCGGACUCGAAUUGUGCGCGCUAAUCGUCAAGACAACGUGCGUCACACAAGUUUCGAGAUGGCGAUGAAUUGCUUUCUCUGCGAGCAACACUCCGCGGAUGCACAGGCGACACCAUCUGACGUAUUUCCUGAGGACGAGGAUUGCUGGAAGAAGUGGUUGAACGCGAUUGGCGAGGCCAACGGGGACGUACUCGCUCAAUUGUCGUUGUGCUCGCGUCAUUUCUCGCAAGCUUGCUCCUCAGGCUUGAUUUUGGUGGACAAUGCCGUUCCGACUUCGGAACUGGCGCCAACUUCCUUCGGAUCGAUCGCGAAAGCCACAGGAACGGAUCGAUUGUCACCGCAGAGAGAACCGGAAGUCCGGCGAUCAUCGUUAUUACGUUCGUUACCGUCGUCGAUCAAGAGACCGACCAUUACGAGGGGUCGGCGCGUUCACAUGUUGUCGAAGGAGGAGAUGAAGGAAAUGCCACCGAUCAAGUACGUGCGCUACCUCAAGAACGUCAACUGGGACGAGAUCUGGAAAGUGCCGGAGGAGGCGAAGAUCGUUUGGGAGGUAGCGAUGGAGGAGCUGAAGGAGGACAACGAUAAGAUAAAGCAUCUGCAGGCGCACGUUCGCCAGCUCAGUGUGACCAUUCAGAAACUCAAGAAUGCUCUGAAAACGCGAAAGAGCCUUCGCCAAUGCCUUCCUUUAAGCUUAUAAAUUUGUAAAUAAUGCGGCAAAACAUUUUUUUUAAUCUAACCUUUGUAAGUAUUCAAGAUUAUCACGUGAAAUUAAUAAAAAGCAAUUUCAAUACAAGGUCGUUAUAUGCGUAUACAACAACUAAUGAAGGCGAAUAGAACCAAAUACGAUCGAGAUUUGGUUACCCAAUAAUACUCUUAAGUUUCAAAUCUUUUAUAAAGCUAUUGUAAACCGCGCGCCGAUUACUGUCGGUCUUUAAGAAUGCAGUCAUAACUUAAAGCUGAAAUAAUAUUACAUAUUUAUUAAAUUAAUCUUCGAUUCAAUAAUGAUGCUGAUAAGCGUCAUUCUUUACAGUGUUUUAACAUUGCUUGUCAGCGUCAUCAUCGAAUCGAAAAUCAAUCAUUCAAUAGAUAUAUGUAUAAUAUUAUUUCAACUAUAAAUUAUGACUGCGUUCUCUUAAAGACCGAUAGUCGGCGUGCGGUUUACGAUAGAUGAAACUUAAAAGAUUUGAAAAUUAAGAAUGUUAUUGGAUAACCAAUAUCUAACCUCGGCUAUAUUUGACUCUCUUCCCCCUUAUUAAUUGUUUAAUAAAAAAACUCUUAUGAAUAAUAAAAUAUUUUACAAUA